AUGGAAAAGCACAACCCUCUACUUCCAUUAUGGUAUGAUUUAUCACGUACCGAAGACAAUAAUGCUCUAAACUCAGCACCAAGAGACAGGAAAACAAGAGAUGAGAAUGCUGGUGGUACAAUGUUCCAUACUAGAGGAAGUGGGAGUGCAAUAUUGGCUCGUAAAAGAGUCCGUGAUCAAGAUGAGGGUGAACACAAGAGACGUACUUUUGACCAUAGUAAUAAUAAUUCCGAUGCUAUUUUAACUAGUGAUGAUUUCGUUGAGAAUAACCCAUUUACUGCUAUUCCAAACCGUUUGACCAAGAUGAGUUCACAUCCUUCAAACCCUUCCUCAGAAUCUGUUUAUUUCUUCAAUCAAAAAGUUCCAAGUUCACCUCCUAUACAUUUAUCAGGUCAAGAUCUUCAAAGUUCACCAAGUAAAGAAUUUAAUGAUGAAACCAUGGUUUUCACAAGUCAAGCUACAAUGAUACCUAACGGUACAGAAUCAGAUAUGAAUGAUUCAGAUGAUGGUGAUGACUCAGAUGACACAAUUGACUUCAACAUUAAUAAUUUGAAUAGAGUUCGAGGUUACAUAAGUAGUGAUUUUUCACAAGAAGAUUUACAUUAUAAAAUUGAUGAUGAGGAAUUAAAUUUCAAAGCCAGAACAGUGAUUGCCAAAUGUAUAGAGGAUGGUAAUCCCAAGAUUAGACUUGAUCAUCUUGGAUUGAAAAAUUUACCAGAUGAUAUUGAAGAUUUGAAAAAUAUGGUGUGUAUUGGACCAAAGGGUAUAGAAGUUCCUCAGAUUGAAGUUUAUGCAUCUCAUAAUAAACUAAGGGUAUUGCCUCCAAAUUUCUUUGAUGUGGAAAAUGUGACUGUGUUGUCGCUAAGACAUAAUAGAAUGAAGAAACUCACUGGUAAAAUUUCAAAAUUCAAGAAACUGACAGAUCUAUCACUUGCUUCUAAUGAACUGAAAGUUAUCCCAUAUCAAAUAUUGAAAUUGGCUAAUCUUACAAACUUCCUAGUUAGGCCCAAUCCAUAUCUUUGGGAGUUGAAAGAUCAAGAAGAUGAUUUUGCAGUUCAAGUUGCAGAAGAUAAUGAAUGUCAAGAAAUCAACACAAGAAGAUACGUUUCCAGAUUGAAAUGGGACAUGGCUGAAUCAGUUUCUCCAGUACCCAAAUUAUCAGAAUUAUCCCUAAGAGUGAUUAGUCGUUAUAGAGUGUCAUUAUCAGAGACAAAGAUGUGGAAGAGAAACGUUCCAACGUAUAUGCAAAAGAUGAUAGCUAAAGCCAUUCAAAAAGGUGCAUAUGAAGAAACUUGUUCAGUUUGUGAAAAAGUUACAGUGAACCCUGUUGCCAAAUCACUUGAAUGGUGGGAUAUUCAAUCACAAAAACUUGUCCCUUUGGUUCGCAAAUUCUGUUGUGGUAACUGUGUCAAACACUGGCUUGACGAGGUUGACGAAGCUGUCGAGAAUUUUCAAAAAGGUGUUGAGAGAAAAGAAUCUGCUGAUUGUGCUGCAGGUGAAGGUGUCGAUGGUGAAGGUGACAUGCGCGUUGACGAAGGCACUUCGGAGCUUAGAUUUGAUGAGGACUUUUAACGAAACCCCAUAAACAUGAUUAAAUAUUACAAGUCACGAUUAACGAAUUGAUAGAGUACAUUUCAUAACUAAUUAUUUACCUUUAUAUUCUUAUCAUUGGUGUAGCUUAGGUAAUUUCCAGCCUGUGGAUUACAUCAUCAAGACCAAAAAGUCACGUGCUUACGCUUUUUUUCGCGGCAUGUGGCCCCGUACCAGAAUACCACCAGAUGAUGCUCAGAGAAACCAUCACUCCCAUCACCAAACAUCAGCAUCAACAACAGCUAACUCAUCACAACUCGGGAAAUAAAAGGCAAUUGUAUCCUGAAUUUUUUCCCUUUCUUGUUUUCUGGUUCAAAGACACCCCC